AAAAAAUACGCAAAUAUCCAUUAUGAAACACGAUUAUACAACUUGGGUAAAGGUGCGCAGACUCGCACUUUCGUAAGGCGAAGUUAUAUAAAGAGCAGCUGGGACCGAGAGCCAGAGUGAACGCCGAGACGAGAAAGAGGAUUAGCUGCGAACUUUUAUUCUAUAAAAAUGGCGAUGGCGCUCAACGCUUCGGCGAGCCUUGCUGGAAGGCUUUUCCAGACACCUGUGAUGUCUGCCAUCAGAGGUUCGACAGCAGGUGCCAGAAACCUCCACUUCACCAUGAGUGGCAGACGACCUAAUGAGAAAUCCACAAAUGGACAGCUAUCCCGCGAUUACCCUGUGGUGGACCACACUUAUGAUGCUGUUGUCGUUGGAGCUGGAGGAGCUGGUUUGCGAGCUGCCUUUGGUCUUGUGCAGGAAGGUUUCCGCACAGCUGUGAUCAGCAAGCUGUUUCCGACUCGAUCACAUACAGUAGCAGCCCAGGGUGGUAUCAAUGCUGCCCUAGGCAACAUGGAGCCUGACAAUUGGGUGUGGCAUAUGUACGACACUGUGAAGGGUUCUGAUUGGCUUGGAGAUCAGGAUGCCAUUCACUACAUGACACGUGAGGCUCCCAAGGCUGUAAUUGAACUGGAGAAUUACGGUAUGCCAUUCAGCCGCACACCUGAUGGCAAGAUCUACCAGAGAGCUUUCGGUGGCCAGAGCUACAACUUUGGCAAAGGUGGUCAGGCUCAUAGAUGUUGCUGUGUUGCUGACCGUACAGGUCAUUCACUCCUUCACACACUCUAUGGACAGUCUCUGAAAUAUGACUGCAAUUACUUCAUUGAAUAUUUUGCUCUGGAUCUCUUGAUGGAAGAUGGUGAAUGCCGAGGCGUCAUUGCUCUCUGCCUUGAAGAUGGUUCCAUUCAUAGAUUCCGCUCUAAGAACACUGUGCUGGCUACUGGUGGUUAUGGCCGUGCUUACUUCUCCUGCACGUCUGCCCAUACUUCUACUGGUGAUGGCAGUGCUAUGGUUACCCGUGCUGGUCUGCCUUGUCAGGAUAUGGAGUUUGUGCAAUUCCACCCCACUGGAAUCUAUGGUGCUGGCUGUUUGAUGACUGAAGGUUGCCGAGGAGAAGGUGGCUACCUUGUCAACUCUGAGGGUGAGCGUUUCAUGGAACGUUACGCACCCGUUGCCAAGGACUUGGCCUCCCGAGAUGUUGUUUCUCGCUCCAUGACUAUUGAAAUCCGUGAAGGCCGAGGCUGUGGACCUGAGAAGGAUCAUGUGUACUUGCAGCUUCACCAUUUGCCCCAAGAGCAAUUGGCCCAAAGACUACCUGGUAUUUCUGAAACUGCAAUGAUCUUUGCUGGUGUUGAUGUUACCCGAGAACCUAUCCCGGUGUUGCCAACUGUCCACUACAACAUGGGAGGUAUCCCAACCAACUACAAGGGACAGGUUAUUACCUAUGAUGGUGAGGGUGACACAGUAAUCCCAGGCCUUUAUGCUGCUGGAGAAGCUGGAUGUGCAUCUGUCCAUGGAGCCAAUAGAUUGGGAGCCAAUUCGCUGCUUGAUCUUGUUGUAUUUGGCCGUGCUUGUGCUCAUGCUAUUGCAGAGGAGAACAAGCCGGGAGAUGCAAUUGGAGAACUUUCGGAGAAUGCUGGUGAAGCCUCUGUAGCAAACAUUGACAAGCUGCGAUUUGCAAAUGGUAAUGUAUUGACUGCUGAAGUGCGCCUGGCAAUGCAGAAAACCAUGCAGAACCAUGCUGCUGUGUUCCGAACUGGUGACGUGCUGCAGGAGGGUUGUGAGAAGAUGGCAGCUCUCUGGCCAAAGAUGGAUGACAUCAAGCUUGUUGACCGUGGCAUGGUAUGGAACACCGAUCUUGUGGAAACCCUUGAACUCCAGAACCUGAUGGCCAAUGCUGUUCAGACCAUGUUCUCUGCAGAGGCUCGCAAGGAGUCCCGUGGAGCUCAUGCCCGUGAAGAUUUCAAGGAUCGUAUUGAUGAGUAUGACUACAGCAAGCCCCUGGACAACCAAGUUGCCAAACCCGUUGAAGAGCAUUGGAGGAAGCACACACUCUCCUUUGUAAACCUUGACAGUGGUGAUGUCAAAUUGGACUACAGACCUGUGAUUGACCACACUCUUGACGAUGCUGAAUGUGCUACUGUCCCACCAGCCAUCAGAUCAUACUAAUGAGUAAUUUUUGAAUUGACUUUAUUUUAUUUAAUUGGGAAUCAGAUUAACUGUCAAGAAAUUUUGCAAGCACAGUUCCAUCUCUUUGCUUGGUAUGGUGUUGAAUUAAAUUUUAAAUUAAAUUAUAGAGACUGAGUAGAACUGAAAUAGUUGAUUACCACAUGUACCUUUGACAUAUACCAGUGUAUAGGGCACAAACGCAAUUUGUAUAUAGUGUAUAUAGGCUUAGAAUAUGCCCGGUUAUAUAAACCUGACCUCUAUGUAACAGAACCAUAUUCCCAUAUGUUGAUCUAGAUCAUCUCAUUCCCCCUCUAUAGAUGUAAUUGAAUAUGUUAUCCAACCAAAGUUCAGGAGAAUUAAUUUUGAAUCUUUAAUUUUAUAUGUUUGUUAAUCAUUCAGCACCUUUAUACCACGAGAAAGAGUAGAGCACUUUUUUUUUUCUAUUAGAAAAAUUAUUUUUAGCUAGAAGAAAUGUUAACACAGGCAAUUUUUGUCUUGCUAUGAAAGGGAGAUGUGACUAUCAAGGAAGGUGUAACUUUUUGUUAUAAAAUAUUUAUUGUUAA